GUCGAUUUCUGGUGGCAGCGUACGCGGGUGGGCAGUGUUCCGCAAAUGCCAGGGACGCUGGGGUGCGCUGCGGAGUGGGCCAACGAGUCCUCUGUGGAGGCCACCGCUGACGAUACGAGGCGCGCUCUCUUCGACACAGGGGGAUCGCCGUCACCGAGCCGCUCUUCUGUGGGCGCCGCAAUUUUUAUGGCACGUUUCUCCACCCGUUUGGCUACCACGCUGCGAAGCGGCUGUGGCACAACCAGCGCCCAUGCCGUUUGUUUGCAUCUGGCAGCAGGUCACCGCUCACUUCGGCGGGCUGCGAUUUCGCUGUGUGCAUGGAUGCGGAAGUGGGACGUUCUGCGCGGGUUCCGUCCUGCCCCGGGCGCGGGCCACGCAACUGUCGAAACGAGGGGCGACGGUCCCAGGGCCGCACUGCUGUAG